GUUUUUUUAGUGCUGCUGACGAUACGCUUAUUAGAUUUAUCAGAUUUAGGUGAUUUCAUCAAAAUGUGUGGGCCUGUACGCUGGUUGUGUGAGAUAAUGCUAUAUUAUUCGAAUUCGCAAUGCCAGCCUGGGCGAAACAUCUCUUCUACAAGUAGCCUAGCCCACGGUGUUGCUCCAUAAAAGAACAGCGCUGUGUAGAAAAAUGUGUUGAUCCGUCAGAAGGGAAGGGUAGACUACAUUUUUUUCCCCCGGAGAAAGGACACAUCGGGAUAAGGAGGCUCUUUUUCAGAAAGGACAUCGUCAGGACAGUAAAAUGUAAUUUCGGAGGAAGCAACUUCAGUCCCUACCGUUUCUUACUUUGCUCAAACAAAGUCUUUCUGGAUAACAUCUCAAAGGAAUAUCUUACUCUCAAGUGUUCAAAGAGACUGUUGGGAUAUUUCUUGAUACCUUUUGAGGCUUCUCAGCCCUAGGAUCUGUACUAUCGUUGAUACAUUACACCCGAGGACAUGUCUGCUAUGCGGCUGCUGCUCCUGUCUCUGCUUUGUGCCCUCUUUGUGUCCCUGUGCCAUGGGGCCUGUGCAGAGGUGGACUCGGACACUGAGGCCGUUGCAGGCAAAGGGUUCAAACUGGGCUGCAUCUCCUGUAAGAUGAGGCCCGAGGUGGAGGCUUCUGCCACAGUCGACUGGUAUUUCAAGGCCAAAGGGGAAGCUGACUUUGCUCAUAUAUAUAAUUACGAUGAGGAGGGCCAGCACAUUGUGGAUGAGCGCUUCGAGGACCGCGUGGACUGGAGCGGCAGUAAGCAGAGCCAAGACAUACAGGAUGCGUCCAUCUACCUCUUCAAUGUCACCUUCAAUGACUCGGGCACCUACCGUUGCUUCUUCCACCGGCUCCUGACGUACGAGUUCUACGAAUACCAGACUGUUGUCAGCAAGGUUGUGCACUUGACAGUGGUGGCUAAAGCCACCAGAGGGACGGCCUCGAUAGUCUCUGAGGUGAUGAUGUACGUGUCCAUCAUCGGGCUACAGGCUUGGCUCUACAUAGAGAUGGUAUACUGCUACAGAAAGAUCUCAGCUGCAGGAGAGGAAGCAUUACGAGAAAGCGCGAAUGCCGAAUAUUUAGCCAUAGCCUCGGAGAGUAAAGAUAACUGCGGUGUGCAAGUGGCAGAAUAACCCAGGAAUUCAAGCGGUGCCAUCUACAGACUGGCCUCAUCACCGAUACAACCCCUUCUUUUGCAUGAAGACACCCGGAAGAUGUAUAGUAUCUCUGAGUCUUUAUUACCUUUCCUGUUACAAUGUUAAUGGAUAAAUGUGAUAUGAUGACAUGAUCACUUUUAGAGUAGUAUGUGUAUGAAUCCUAUUUUUCAGUUUUAAUGGUAUCUCUAAAGUGUAUGUACAUUUAUAUUAAGAGGUAUUGUGAGCAUGACACAAGGCGAGAUGGUUGAGCUCCGAUAUUUAUUAAUCCAAGGGGUAGGCAAAAGGUGGGUGGGUGACAGGCGAGAGUUCAUGAACCGGGUCAGAGUCCAAAACAGUACAGGAUGAAGGGCAGUCUUGAGGUCAGGCCAGACAGGGGUUCAGUAACCAGAUUGGAGUCCAACCAGUACAAGGGGAUAGGCAGGCUUGAAGACAGAACAGGCAGAGUGGUCAGGCAGGCGGGUUCAGAGUCCGACUAGGCAAGGGUCAAAACCAGGAGGACUAGAAACAAACAGACGGGGGGGGGGGGGGGGGGAACUGGCACAGAGAGACAGGAAACACAGGGAUAUAUACACCGGGGAUAAUAAGCGACACCUGGAGGGGGUGGAGACAGUCACAAGGACAGAUGAAACAAACCAGGGUGUGACAGUGGGAGAAUGAAUCUGAUUGAAUGGUUAUCGCGAGAUCACCUUGGAUUUAGAAUACUAGAAUGGACACGAACGUUCUGUUGAUAGUAUAAAAGAUCAGCCAUUUUGGUAAAGGAGUUGGUCAACCACAAUGGUCAGCGAGUGCUGUGAGAAGAUGUUAUUUAAAACAAUGAAUUUAAAACAAUGACUUUGAAAAUUAUAUGCACAGUAAUGUUUAUUAGCUAGCUAGUCUGCCAGUUUUAGUAGAAUGAUUCCAUCAUUUUUUUCUAAACAACUGCCAAUAUCCCGACAUUCCAAACAAACAAUGCAGUCAAUACACUAGCUGACAUCAGUUGGUGAUAUGACUUAGAUAAAGUGUAAAUGCAGCAAGGUAACUGAUAUUGUAUUAUAUUAUAAGAUUCACAACUUUCCAAGAAAACAAACACUGAAAACAUUUUUGAGGCAAUUUAUAUAGAACAUUUGUAUAAACCCUGUAUUUACUGGUCAAAAGUUUGGACACCUACUCAUUCCAGGGUUGUUCUUUCAUUUGACUAUUUUCUAACACAUAUGGAAUAAUUUAGUAACCAACAAAGCGUUAAACAAAUCAAAAUGUUUUAUAUUUUAGAUUCUUCAAAGUAGCCACCCUUUGCCUUGAUGACAGCUGUCACGCCCUGACCUUAGAUUGCGUUGUAUGUUUCUAUUUUUUGUUUGGUCAUGUGGGUGGGUAUUCUUUGUUGUAUGUCUAGGUGUUGUAUUUCUAUGUUUAUGCCUGGUAUGGUUCCCAAUCAGAGGCAGCUGUCAAUCGUUGUCUCUGAUUGAGAACCAUACUUAGGUAGCCUGUUUUCCCACUUUUGUUUGUGGGUGGUUGUUUUCUGUAUCUGUGUUUUCACCGUACAGAACUGUUUUGAUUAUCAUUUCUUUCUUUCACUUUGUUAUUUUGUAUUUUUCGUGUUCUGAUAUAAUAAAUUAACACGGACACUUACAACGCUGCAUUUUGGUCCGAUCCUUCCUACUUCUCAUCCGAUGAAGACGAAGAUCGUGACAACAGCUUUGCACACUCUUGGCAUUCUCUCAACCAGCUUCAUGAGGUAGUCUCAACCAGCUUUUAACAGGUGUGCCUUGUUAAAAGUUAAUAUGUGGAAUUUCUUUCCUUAAUGCGUUUGAGACAAUCAGUUGUGUUGUGACAAGGUAGUGGUGGUAUAGACAAAAUAUCAAGUCCAUAUUAUGGCCAGAACAGCUCAAAUAAGCAAAGAGAAACGCCAGUCCAUCAGUACUUUAAGAAAUGAAGGUCAGUCAAUCAGGGAAAAUGUCAAAAAUGUUGAAAGUUUCUUCGAAGUGCAGUUGCAAAAAUCGUCAAGCGCUAUGAUGAAACUGUCUCUCAUGAGGACCGCAAUAUGAAAGGAAGACCCAGAGUUACCUCUGCUGCAGAUGAUAAAUUAGAGUUACCAGCCUCAGACAUUGCAGCCAAAAUAAAUUAUUCAGAGUUCAACUAACAGACACAUCUCAACGUUAACUACGAUUCAAGGCACACUAGACCAGCAUGGCUACCACAUCAUUCUGCAGCAAUAAGCCAUCCCAUCUGGUUUGCGCUUGGUGGAACUAUAAUUUGUUUUUCAACAGGACAUUGACCCAACAUACCUCCAGGCGGUGUAUGGGCUAUUUGACCAAGAAGGAGAGUGAUGGAGUGCUGCAUCAGAUUACCUGGCCUCCAUAAUCACCAGACCUCAACCCAAUUGAGAUGGUUUGGGAUGAGUUGGACCACAUAGUGAAGGAAAAGCAGCCAACAAGUGCUCAGGUGAAGCUGGUUGAGAGAAUGCCUAGAGUGCGCAAAGCUGUCAUCAAUGCAAAGGGUGACUACUUUGAUGAAUAUCAAACAUAUUUUGAUUUGAUUAACACUUUUUGGGUUACUACAUGAUUCCAUAUGUGUUUUUCCAUUGUAGAAAAUAGUAAAAAACAAAGAAAAACCCUUGAAUGAGUAGGUGUGUCCAAACUUUUGACUGGUACUUUGUAAUUAUGACAAUAGUUAGGUUGACAGUAAUUCUAUUACACAAUUUCUGAUAUAUUACAUGCCUUUUAUUUUCCUGCAUAAGUAAAAGCAGGAAAUGGCAUCACCUAUGCCUCUACUGCCAUUCAUUCCAAUGUUAUUUUACUACAAUGACUGCCAUUCAUUCCAAUGUUAUUUUACUACAAUGACUGCCAUUAUCGUUGAGGGUUUAUUACAUAGAAAUGUCAAGAAACGCUCAAGAAAUGUCAUAGGAUCUCUUAUUUAUCCCACUGUAUCAAUAACUCUAUCCACUCCACCUGUAGUAUGUCUUCUAGAUUAUGCACAAUCAUCAUGAAAUGUACUAAAAAUACAACGGUAUUUCCAUAAUAGAAUGUGAUUGAUUAUGAUAGACUGUCUACAAUGUACAAUGUUGUGAUGAUAAAUCAAAUAAAAAAACUUAAUUGAA